CUUGAAGAGGCCCUGUGAACUGUGUCUCGUUUCUCUGUCCCUCGCCCUCCGAUAGUAUAGAAAUAAUAAUGAUAAUACCACCGAUUAAUCAGCCGAACGAAAUUGGGUUUUAUACAAAUGGUCUGAGGGCUUCUGUGGUAGGUGUUCACCAUCACUCUUAGCACGUUAUUGGUUUUUGGUGAACAGUGAAAUCCCUAGUUUAUUCUGUUGCCUCUUAUAGAUGCUCCUUUGGGAAAACUACAUGAGUGCAGUGGCAAAGACAUUAGCUGUCUGUCAUCAUUGAAUUUAUAAGGUAUUUGAUGAUCUUCAUGCCAAUUGCGAGUUUAAAAGAAGUCUUAAUGCUACCUUCACGAUUCUCAUAUUGAAGAAACUGAGGGUAGUGGAUGUUAAGGACUCCAUCUCUAUUAGUAAGAAGUGAAGGAACUGUUCAUUACUAUACUGAGGAAGAAUUCCAAAACCUCUUUUAAGAAGGCUUAUGCAUGAUCAACAUGGAUGUAAAAGGUAUAAACUGGGUUGGGAACAUAUACCAGAAGUUUGAAGCUAUGUGCUUAGAGGUGGAAGAAGUAAUGUACCAGGACACUGUCAAAUAUGUUGAGAAUCAGGUCCAGAAUGUCGGGGAAAGUGUUAAAAAGUUCUAUUCCGAUGUUGUGCAAGAUUUGCUUCCCCCAUCUUCAGUUGAUCCUGUGAAAGCUCUUACCUCUGACUUAUCUGUAGACCGAUAUUCCGAUGUUGGGAUCCAUAAAAAUCCAGAAGAAGCUGUUAAAAAAGUUUCUGUGAGAGUUGAUGUGGAUCAUCUAACUGAGAAUUCAAAAGUAAUUGCUGAUAUGGAUAAGGAUUUUGGCCGCGUACCAUCUCUUCGAAAAAACAAAUUAUCUCCAUGUUCUGUGGAUUCUGUGAAAAGAACUUGCCCCAAGUUGUGUUCAGGACAAUAUAAUAAUGGAAGUAUCUCCAAUUACUCAAACAUGGGUGUAAAAAAUGGUCUAGGGCAUGAAAACUUUUCUGCAACUGAGAUGUCGGAGGCAAUGGUAAAUGAUCUGGGCAGAGCAUCAUCAUUCCUUGAACUUCUGAAUGAAAAUCAUGGAGCAUCAUGUGACAACACAGUUAAGAUUUCAGCUCCAGCUUUGGCUGAAGUUAGAGGCUUUGACUCCAUAUCAGAAAGUAGCAAUGCACUUGAAAAUGCAAGUGAUCAUAUGAGUGAUCCCUCAAUUGCAAUUGCUAGUGCAUCACCUGACUUGAGUGUUUUGGCUAGCUUCGUUAGAAACGAAGGAAAAGAAAUGAGACUUCCAGACUCUGAUGGCCUUUCAGCAGAGCCAAAUGCUGUAGACAUUUGUACAUAUAAUGGGGCAAGUUCCCUUGUGGGUUCGUCACUGGACUCUGAAGUACGGCACAAUGAAUUUGCUGAUAUGGAGGUUGUAUCUCAUCCAGAAAGAUCAGAUGACUGGGGCUUGGAUGGAAUUGAGCGUGGUACACUUUCGGAACCAGGAGUGGAUACCAGCCAACAAUAUGUUCAAUUAAAGCUUGAGGAAACUUGUGUUCUUGUGGAUGGAGAUGAGCUUCAUUUUGUACCGCACAAGGAAGGCAAACGCAGGCCAUACAAGAAAAAGAUACGGGAAGCAUUUUCUUCAAGAAUGAGGUCAGCAAGGAAGGAGUAUGAGCAGCUAGCAGUUUGGUAUGGGUAUGAUGGAGAAUCCAAUCAGGCAUCCUCAGAAAGUUCGAUAGCAACUCAUUCUGUGGUAGACACAAAGGAAACUAAAACCCAAGAAUUCUGUGAAACUGAGUGGGAGCUCCUUUAGAUUCCAGUCUGCAACUUUGUGUAAAUAUUAGUCAACAACUUCAAAGCCGCAGCAAAAGAUUAUGAAAGGUAUGAUUCCGCGGAAGAUUGACAGUGGUUGCUAAAGUUCCACCUAUUACAGAAAUUGACUCAAGUGGGUAAACUGAUUAAACAAAAGGAACCUGUGAUAAUUUAUAAAUAGUCUAUAAAUUGUCAAGCCCUCCAUGAUGAGAGGGUUAACUGCAGCAGAUCUUUAUAUACCUACUAAUACAAUGGACAAACGUUUGAAGUCUA